UUAAUUUAUUCUAAAAUUUUGGAAUAAUGAUUUCUCGAACUAUUUACAACUUUUUGAAGACUUCAACAAAAGAAAAGGUAUUUACUCGUUUUUCAAGUAAAAACUCAGAGAAUGUGCAACAAUCUCAUUUGACUUUGUGUAAUGUCGUCAAUGGUAUAGGAAAAAUAGUUCUAAACAACCCACUGAAAAGAAAUGCUCUAAGUUUGGCAAUGCUCAAGUCAAUUGAAAAUGGCUUGAUGGAAAAUGUUGUUAAAAAGUCUCAUGUUGUGAUCAUAUCAGCUAAUGGAACAGUAUUCUCAUCUGGUCAUGAUCUUAAGGAACUGAUAAACACUGCUGACAGUUCUCAUCAUAAAGAAAUAUUUGAUAAAUGUAGUGAAGUAAUGUCAUUAAUCCAGGAUAUACCAAUACCAGUCAUUGCCCAGGUUAAAGGAUUGGCAACUGCAGCUGGAUGUCAAUUAGUUGCAAGCUGUGAUAUGGCUGUAGCUGCAACAAAUGCAAUGUUUGCCACUCCAGGAGUGAAUAUUGGUCUGUUUUGCUCUACACCAGCAGUUGCUGUCAGUAGAGCAGUUCCACAUAAAAUUGCAAUGGAGAUGUUAUUCACUGGACAGCCCAUCUUUGCUAAGGAUGCAUUGCAAUAUGGUUUAGUGAACAAAGUUGUUCCUGAAGAAAAACUUGAAGAAGUUACCUUGAACCUUGCUCAGCAAAUAUGCAAAACUAGCCAACCUGUGGUUGCAAUGGGCAAGAAAUGUUAUUAUCAACAGAUUACUCAGAAUAGAAAUGAUGCGUACAGAAUUGCUGGUCAAGUAAUGGUGGAUAAUCUUAAAUUGAAAGAUGGAAAUGAAGGAAUUGAAGCCUUCCUCAAUAAACGAAAACCUUUGUGGACCCAUGAAGAAUAGAUAAUAAAACAAGCAAUUAUCAAUCAUUACACAUGACAAACCUAUUUUUUGAGAACCACCAGUUUCAAUGCAUACUAACUUUGAUCCAUGUAUUUGAGAUGUGAACAUUGUAACAUCUAUUAUCUUUGAUCGCA